AUGAAGCUGUUCCUAUUCUUCUUCUUAUCAAUUUUCAGUAUCUGCAAUGCAUGUUUGGUGAUUCAGUACUCCGUUCCACCAGCCUGCGCUUGCAAAGCUCAAAAGCUUGAUAGUAAAAAUAUUUUCAAAAACGUCGUGGAGACCAACAAAUAUUAUUAUAAUGUGACGACAAGUGUGAUCAAGGCACCUGAAUUGAGAAUCGAUGACUGUUCGGUGUCCAUGUAUUGCGAAGAAGACUACAGAUUGUUCGUAUUCGAUACAGACAAGGAAGAAUAUGUAAGUAAUUUGAUGAGUCAUAAUACCAGCAAAACUUCAUGA